AUGGGUCUAUUAAUGAGCUUGGUUCUAGCAGAACAAAUAGACAAUGAUACUAUCAGAGGAAUCGACAUCAUGGUGAUAGGUCAUGACCUUCUGACMAUUCAAAGACUAUUGAUGUACGGGGCUUCAUUUGCUAGAAGAUUGGUCAUGCAUUCUUCAGUCUGUGAUCUGGUUGCAUCUGUGACUCGUGAUCCCUCUGGUACAGGAACGUUCCUCAUCAAUGCUGGCUGCAUGCUGCUUGCAAGUAAUGGACUAUGCCUGAUGACAAAUUUAAAUGCGCUGAGAAAAGAACAGAAAGAAAAAUUAAGAAGAGUGAUGGAAAACAGAGGAGAGACGAUAGAAAUCCCUAAAAAGUUUACCGAAUGCACCCAGCACCUUCGAGUUCCCAUAAAGACCACUGCAUGGGCKUGUUCUGAACCCCUACAGACAGCACCUAAAUGGGGUGUUACAGAGCUCUGGGAUCAGUCCCUAACACUGGAACCAAAACAGGUGCUGGAUUUCAGUUGYGUAACCAACUUUGACCUGGUGAUUUGUUUUUGUACCUAA